AUAAAGUAUUCAGAGACUUUUAUUUCUUUUUAUCUUUUUAUUUUAUUCUAAUACCUGUUCUCCUUCCCCACUCUCUCUCUCUCUGGUUCUUUGAACUAGAUUUAAUCCAAUCUUAGAGCCCGGAUGACAUUUUCCUCCACUCUCUUCAAGUACGCGAAAUAGAAGGUGGUUUGUCUGUGUAUUUUGUUACGUGUAUCUGAGCUCUGACCCGUAUUUUCUUUUCUCGAUCUGCUUUUGAAAUUCCUGAAUUUUCUGGUCAGAACACGCAUAUAUACUGCAGUGGACCUGGGUUUCGAGAUUUUCUUCUUCUGAGGGAAGCUAUAAAAUAUUGCGAAAAGAUUUAUACAAUAUAAAGGAUCAGGAAAGCUUCUGCCAUUUAUUUUCUGAUUAGCAGUUUGAGAUUAAUGUCGUUCCGCAGUAUAGCUCGCGAUAUAAGAGACGGUUUGGGGAGUUUAUCCCGGAGGGGUUUUGAUGUAAAACUGAUUGGUCAUCACAGGGGAAAAUCACAUGGUUCAUUCCCUGACCUGAAUGACCAACCUUUGGUAAUUCAGAAUAGUAAAUGGGCUAAUCUUCCACCAGAGUUACUUUUUGAUGUCGUUAGAAGGUUGGAAGAGAGUGAGAGCACAUGGCCUGCUCGAAAACACGUGGUUGCAUGCUCUGCUGUUUGCCGAUCAUGGAGGAUUAUGUGUAAGGAAAUUGUCAAAAGUCCAGAGUUAUGCGGGAAGCUCACUUUUCCCGUUUCCUUAAAGCAGCCAGGACCUCGUGAUGGAACCUUUCAGUGCUUCAUUAAGCGGGACAAAUCUAAUUUAACAUAUCGUCUUUACCUGUGUCUUAGUCCUGCUUUGCUAGUUGAAAAUGGCAAGUUCCUUCUCUCUGCGAAAAGAACCCGUCGAACUACUUGUACAGAGUAUGUUAUCUCUAUGGAUGCAGAUAACAUUUCUAGAUCAAGCAGCGCUUAUAUCGGGAAACUAAGAUCAAAUUUUCUUGGUACGAAGUUUAUAAUAUAUGAUACACAGCCUCCACAUACUGGUUCACACAUCCCUUCACCUGGAAAAACAAGUCGUAGAUUCUAUUCCAAGAAAGUUUCUCCAAAAGUACCGACUGGCAGCUACAACAUAGCCCAAAUUACAUAUGAGCUGAAUGUUCUUGGGACACGGGGUCCCCGGAGGAUGCACUGUAUGAUGCACUCAAUACCUUUCUCGUCCCUUGAACCCGGUGGGGUAGUACCUGGACAACCUGAGCUUCUUCAGAGGCCCCUCGAGGACUCAUUUCGGAGCAUCUCCUUCUCAAAAACUCUCGAUCAAUCUACUGAGUUUAGCAGCUCACGUUUCUCUGAUAUUGCCCGGUUGGCCAAUGAGGACAAUGAUAGCAAAUCAGGACCACUGAUUCUCAAGAACAAGUCUCCCAGAUGGCACGAACAAUUACAAUGCUGGUGCCUCAAUUUCCGAGGGCGAGUAACGGUUGCGUCGGUCAAGAAUUUUCAGUUGAUUGCAGCCAAUCAACCAACCACUAAUGUGCAACCGUCUUCUCAAUCAUCACAGUCGUCAGACCACGAUAAAAUCAUCCUCCAGUUUGGCAAGGUCGGUAAAGAUAUGUUCACCAUGGACUACCGUUAUCCAUUAUCUGCUUUUCAGGCAUUUGCAAUCUGCUUGAGCAGCUUUGACACCAAAUUGGCUUGUGAAUAGAGAAGAAAUAUCGAGAAAAUGCUUUUAACAGAAUCUGUUAUUGUAAUUUGUCCAACUUUUCUUCAUUAGAAAUGGAGAUUGUUGUUAGCUUCUUUAGGUGGUUGUUGAACUCAGUUAUAAAUUCAACCGUGUAGAUGACAGGGCUUUCUCCUUGGUAAAACUCUACCUAUUGGAUCUCACUUUAAUGUCAUUAUCUUUUUAUGGUA